ACUGAUUGCCUGCUUUAGUUUAUUCCAAUAACAAAGAAUACUGAAAUAGGCUUUCAGAUAGCUAUAUCAACACAUACCAACAUGCUACUAAAAAUAAUCUUACAUAUUGCUAAAACUACUCAAAAUUCUCCAUUGGAAAUAAUUUUAAAGGUUGUACAGUACCAUUGUAAUUAAAGAAGAUGGUAUUGACACUAAGACAGUAGUACCUACUCACUGGGUUAAUGCAGAGGAAGGUAUAGUAUACUAUCCCCCUCGAGGAAAAAAAACUGUGGGUAUUUAUUUAUCUGAAUGGGCUAGUCCAGAACCUGGCUUGCAGGAGUUUGUAUUGUUAGAAUUUAUUUUGGAGUGUGGAAGUUAUAAAACAUGUCAGGCAAUGCUAAACAUUUUGACUGAAGAUGAAAAUGAUGACCGCCCUGUUUCAAAUAUGCUCAACCCAAAGAAACAAGUUCCUAGUCCAAAUUUGCAUGCUUUAAAGUUCACAACAUUUGGUUCUUCAUCACCAAUUCAAUUGGAUGUGCCACUUAUAUCUCCAUGGAAAAAAAGUAAAGUGGGCUGUGUAAUACAGCCAAGAUCGAAUGAAGAUUUCCAACAAUCAUUGGAUUUAGAAUCGAACCACUUUAACAAAAAUCCAACAUCUUUCAAGAUAGGUGAUGGUGGUGUUUCAUUUAAGGAAAUGAUAAAUAAACAGUUUCAGUAUGUCAUGCUAAUGAAGCUAGAUUUGCUGCAGCAAAAUCAACUUAGAAUAAUGGAGCGUUUGGACAACAUAGAAACAAAGCCAAAAAGUAGUGCUACUGAUGUGGGUUCCAUAAUUACAAUCCUACACAGAGAUAUUAGGUGUUUUAAUGAAGAAGAGGAAUUUCUCAGAGCAGGUUCUAGUGCUGUGAAAAACAAGGCAUUAAACUUUCCAGGAGUGUAUUCUAUAUACUAUUAAAACAGGUGAUAAAAACAGUUGACCACAAAUUACAUACAACGUUGUUGUAUGUUAUUUGUGGUCAACUCUAAUGAAACAGGAAUCUUUUAUGUUCCUGCUAAAGAUUCAAGUUAAAAUAUUGUGUUUGUGAAAAUGUUAGGUGUCAAAAUAAAAUUUAAGUUUUAUGUUAUUAAAUUUUAGACCUUAUUAGAUUUAACGAUUUAUCAAUUUUUCAGAUCACUCAAAUGUGCAACAGCAACAGCACGCAAAACUGUCAAAAAUGUUUUAAACCAGUUAAUGGUGCCACAAGUCCAAAACUUAUUUAGUAAAGAUGGAUUAAAAGGCAAGCUUAAGUUUACAACUACGCAACAUUACAAGUGUAUUAAAGAAGGCUUAGUAUCCGAAAGAACCGGUUAUGAUGCCGCAACUAUUGAAGCCCUUGUUGGCAAUUUAUUGAAGCGGGCGUUGCCGAAAGUAAAAAUAGUUAACGAUGUUGACGUUCACGAAGAGGAAGAAGCAACAUAAAAUUGUUGCUUUGUAUAUUUAUUAUUUUUGAAAGUAAAUGUUUUUUACAUA